AUGAAGCGAAUCAGGGAUGAUGGGAGUGCUAAAGAAAAAGGUCAGAACUUGAGCGAAGAGCUUGGGAUGGAGAAGGACGAACGGACAGCGGCGGAGUGCCCGGCGUUCGAUUCGAUGGAGGAUCUCCAACUACCGGAGCCACCGUCCAAUGGCGGCGCGGUCGAGCUGAUUGAUGUACUGGUCGCGCCUUUACCCGGUACCAAGCGGCAGCGUCGCCCUAGCGUGCGCCUUGGGGAGAUUGGCGACCAGCCCACUGCCAUUCCCUCGGAUCCCCUAAUGCAGUGGCCUAAACAGUGGAAGCUUUCAGCUCCCGGAUAUCACGCCAAGCCCCGUGAUUUCCACCAUAGACUGCCUUCUAAGACUCGUCAGAUUGCUGCCAAACUUGACUCUCGCGGUGACAACGGGUCGGGCACCCUCCCUCCUUUGCUUCCGACUCUGCCCGACAACGGAGUUCUCCUCUCUGUCGACGAUAGCCUCGACUCGCUCGUGCCGGGAGUAAUUAAGGUCCGGCGUGAUCCGAAGCCGUGGCGGGGUGCAAGGCGGGUUCGAUCAAACUGGGUCUUGAAGGCGGAUGAAGGCAUGGAAGACACAGAUUUCAAAACUGGUGGCGGAGAGGAUGCUGCAAAUGAUGGGUUUACGGAAGGGUCUGAUAGCCUGUCUCGCAGGAGGACCAGGGGAAGGGUUAGGGUUUCGGAUAGUAGGGGCACUGGUCUUGUUGCGGAAGGGGAAGCCCCUUCAGAUAUGGAUGGGGUAGAAUGGAUUGACCCGAACGGGUUUUGCCGUUCUGAAGAGGAUGGCGGAGUGUGGUCAUGGCUCAAGGAACUGGGACUGAGUAGGUAUGCCCCUAUUUUUGAGAUACAUGAAGUGGAUGACCAGGUGCUGCCAUUGCUGACUCUGGACGAUCUGAAAGAUGAGAUCCCCAUCUCUCAGAUCAGCGGUGGGCUCCUCGUGAAUGCGUGUGGCUUCCCGGUGGGAGCGGCCAGGAAGUGA